UAAGCUUCUCGGUUGUCUUCCCUGUAAAACCGGAAGGUGAAUAUGAAAGAUGAAAGUGUAUAACAUACAUAAAAUAUGCAAUGCAUUCUCUUUAACAUAGUAGAGCUCACUAAAAGGGAGACUUUGGAGCUGGGUGCAGUGCCUCACACCUGUAAUCUCAGCACUGUGGGAGGCCAAGGCGGGCCGAUCCCUUGAGCUCAGGAGUUCGGGACCAGCCUGAGCUAGAGUGAGACCCCAUUUCUAAAAAUAGCCAGGCCUUGUGGCAGAUGCUUGUAGUCCCAGCUACUUGAGAAGCUGAGGCAAGAGAAUUGCUUGAGCCUAAGAGUCUGAGUUUGCUGUGAACUAUGAUGCCACGGCACUCGACUGGGGUCUACAAAGUGAGACUCUGUCUCAAAAAAACCGAAAGAUACUCCUCUGCCAUACACUACACUGUGAGGGAAGGAGCAGCAUUCUUUUACCUUCAGCUGACUUCACAACUCUGCAUUAUUGGGCAGGUUACAAAGUUGUGUAGAAGGCCUAGCCCAGCACCAAGCCUGAGGGAGACAUGUAUGAGGUACGGUAACUGAGGCAAAUAAGAAAAAGCUCCAGUUCUGAGGGAACACAAAGUCUUCAAAAUAGAAUCUGUUUUCUUUUUUUUUUUUUUUUUUUAAUUUUUUGGCCGGGGCUGGGUUUGAACCCACCACCUCUGGCAUAUGGGGCUGGCACCCUACCCCUUUGAGCCACAGGUGCCACCCUGUUUUUCCUUUUUUUUUUCACAGCAGAUAGGUAAUGUGCAGACAUUCUAGCUAGGUUUGAAGAAGGCACCUCUCAGCCAGUAGCUUGAAAACCCAAUCAUCACACUUACAAAUCACAAAAGGAUGUGAGAAUAAGAUCUUGUUGCAAUGUCUGUGUGGCCCAAGGAUGACCUGCAACAACUUGGACACUAAAAAAUGCUGACACCUCCCCAAUAUUCAUUCAACAAAUAGCAGAAGUAGGCCAUAUAGCAGAACAGUAGUAAAUCCCAUAAAGGCAAGGCAGAGAGGAUGUUGGGGAAAAUGGUUGAAAUUUUAUGUAAGGUACCCUGGGAAGGCUUCUCUGAGAGUGAUGUUUGAACAAAGCCACAUGGAGAAAAGUGUGCAAAAAGCAGCAAAAUUGCAAGUGCUACUCAUAUGUGAUUUUUGUGGAUGACUUAACUGCCUAGCUCAGAAGUGGUGGCUUUUCUUUCUUUCUUUUUUUUUUUUUGAGACAGUCUCACCCUGUGGCCCUGGAUAGAGUGCUAUGGUGUCAUUGUAGUUCACAGCAAUCUCAGACUCUUGGGCUUAAGUGAUCCUUUUUUUUUAAAGACAAUCUCAAGCUGUCGCCAGCCCGGGUGUCAUCAUAGCUCACAGCAACCUCCAGCUCUUGGGCUCAAGUGAUCCUCUUGCCUUGUUUUCUUUAUAGUAGAGAUGGGGGUCUCUUGCUCAGGCUGCUUUCAAACUCCUGAGUUCAAGCAAUCUGCCCGCCUCAGCCUCCCAGAGCGCUGGGAUUACAUGCAUGAGCCACCUGGCCCAGCAUUGUGUGACUACAUUUUGUUGUUAAGCAGGCCUAGGCCAGGUUCAAAUCUGCCACUCCUUUGGUGCAUGGGGCUGGUGCUCUAACCACUGAGCUAAGGGCUCCCAGCCCUUAAGUGAUCCUUUUACCUCAGCUUCCCAUGUAGCUGGGAGUACAGGUGCUUGCCACAACCCCUGGCUAAUUUUUCUAUUUUUAGUAAAGGGGUUCUGUUCUUGUUCAGGCUGGUCUCCAACUCUGGAGCUCCAGCAAUCCACCUGCCUGGGUGCUAGGAUUAUAGGCCUGAGCCGCCGCACUCUGCCAGAAGUGGCUUUUCAGUAAAUAAGAGGAAGUCUAUAUUUAUCAGUAUGGUUUUGGUUAAUUCAUAGUAACUGUUUCGCUGAGAUCUCUUUGCAGUGAAAAUUUGCAGUAUAUGCUUCUGGCUACAGAAGAGAGAAGUUUGAACCACUACUCUGCCCCUGAUGGUGAACUCAGAAAAAGAGCCUUUGCUCUGUAACAGGUGCCUUCAUCAGAGACUUUCUUUUGUGUUGUAUUUUGGGCAGUGUCUUGCUCUGUCACCCAGGCCAGAGUGCAGUGGCAUCAUCAUAGCUCACUGCACCCUCAAGCUCCUGGCUUAAAGCAAUCUUCUCGCCUUAGCCUUCCAAGUUGCUAGGACUAUAGUUGGGGGAUGCCGUGCCCUAAACAGUCUCACUGUCGCUCUCGGUAGAGUGCUGUCACAUCACAGCUCACAGCAACCUCAAACUCUUGGGCUUAAGCGAUUCUCUUACUUCAGCCUCCCAAGUAGCUGGGACUGCAGGUGCCAGCCACAACGCUCGACUAUUUUUUUUGUUGUAGUUGUCAUUGUUUGGCAGGCCCAGGCUAGGUUCGAACCUGCCAGCUCUGGUGUAUGUGGCUGGCGCCCUAGCCGCUGCGCUACAGGCGCCAAGCCGCCAGAUGCAUUUUAAAACUGUAUCAGCACCACUAGAGAUGCUUGUUUCAAAAAUCAGGAACUGGCCUGGCCAGGCGGGGUGACUCACACCUGUAAUCCUAACAGUCUGGGAAGCCGAGGUGGGUGGAUUGCUGGAACUCAGGAGUUGGCAACCAGCCUGAGCUGGUUGGUCCCGUUUCUAAAAAUAGCCGGGCGUUGUGGCCGGUGCCUGUAGUCCCAGCUACUUGAGAGGCUGAAAUAGAAGGACUGCUUGAGUCCAUGACUCUGAGGUUGUAGUGAGUUAUGACACCACUGCAUUCUAGCCGUGGCAACAAAGACAGAUCCUAUUAAGAAAAAAAAAUAGCGCGAAAGCAUUGCUGGGCGCGGAGGCUCGAUAUAUUGCCUGAGGCGGUCCCCAGCAUGGGGCUCGCUUCCGGUCGGCGUGUUGCGUCAUCUGGCAGCACCGGAAGUUCCCUCGCGCUGCCUAGGAGACCGGACGCCGGCCUAGCAGCUGACAGGGCCGGGCUUGCCGUGCCCACCAGGUCGCCAUGGAGCUAUCCCCAGGGCUGUACGACGAUCUCCACGCCUGGGACGAUGACUCGGACGUGGAGCCUGAGCCCGACCUUGACGCGCAGGCUGAGGCCUACGUGGCCCGCGUGCUCAGUCCUCCAAAAGCUGGGCUGGCGCCCCUGCGCGUCUCGCCACUGCCCACGCCCUCUGCGUUCCCCAACUCCCAGGAGCCCCGGGCUGCAUCCAAGGUCUCAUCAGUGGGUGUGCCGGGUCUGCUGAGCCUUCCUCCGGAGCUGCUGCUCGAGAUCUGCUUGUACUUGGACGCGCGCCUCGUGUUCCACGUCCUGCCGCGCGUGUGCCACGCGCUGCGCGACCUCGUACGUGACCGUGUCACCUGGAGGUUACGCGCACAACGCCGCGUACGUGCGCCCUAUCCAGUGGUGGAAGAGGAGGACUUUGACUGGCCAGCAGCCUGCAUUGAGCUGGAGCAGCACCUGGCCCGCUGGGCAGAGGAUGGGCGCCAGGCUGAGUACUUCUGCCUGGCCGAUGGGCACUUUGCUUCCAUUGAUUCAGUGCUGCUGCUUCAGGGUGGGACACUAUGUCUGUCAGGCUCCCGAGAUCGCAACGUCAACCUAUGGGACCUGAGGCAGCUGGGGGCAGAGCCCAGCCAGGUUCUGGUCAAAACCUUGGGUACCCAACCAAACAGCACCCACAAGGGCUGGGUGUGGUCGCUGGCGGCUCAGGACCACCGAGUGUGCUCUGGCUCCUGGGACAGCACGGUGAAGCUCUGGGACAUGGCAGCUGAUGGGCAGCAGUUUGGCGAGAUAAAGGCCAAGGCAGCUGUGUUGUGCUUGUCCUACCGUCCUGACAUCUUGGUGACUGGCACCUAUGACAAGAAGGUGACCGUCUACGACCCCAGAGCUGGGCCGGCCUUGCUGAAAAGUCGGCGGCUGCACUCCAGCGCUGUGCUGGCGCUGCUGGCAGAUGAUCGGCAUAUCAUCUCAGGCAGUGAGGACCACACCCUGGUGGUGUUUGACCGCCGAACCAACAGCGUCCUGCAGCGGCUGCAGCUGGACUCCUACCUGCUCUGCAUGUCCUACCAGGAACCCCAACUCUGGGCCGGUGACAACAAAGGCCUGCUGCACGUCUUUGCCAACCGUGAUGGUUGCUUCCGGCUAGUCCGGGUCUGUCAGGGCCCAUUCCUCCCUCCCAGGCCUCCUUCCUGGCCCCUGAACCCCUGGUGUUGUGGGAGGCUAGCCUUGGGAGAGCCUUACCUGAAUGUCACUUCUCCUUUCUUUCCGCAGUCCUUUAAUGUGGGCCACAGGUCUCAUAUCACAGGUAUCAAACACUCGCUAGGGGCCUUGUAUACCACGUCCACUGAUAAGACCAUCCGGGUACAUGUACCCACAGACCCACCAAGGACCAUCAGCACCCGAAACCACCAUGAUGUGCUGAAUGGGGUAAGGCCUUGGCCCAGGUGCCCUGCCCGCCUAGAGUGCUGCCCUCCUGACUCCUUAUGUUCCUGUGCCCUCCAGAUCUGUGCCGAGGGCAACUUGGUGGUAGCUGCCUCUGGGAGCCUGUCACUGGAGGUCUGGAGACUGCAAGCCUGAGCAGGUGGACAUGGACUUGUGGAUGUGGAUACUGCCGGCCAGUAGGCUGGGUUUUAGCCACUGUUCUGGGGGACCUUCCCCUGUGUUGGUGCUGCCUCUGCCCCCCACUCUGCAGGCCCAGGGCACAGAGUCCAGGCCAUGACCAGGUGGUGGUGGGGGAUCUCUGGGCUGGGCCCCAUGCCUGUGGAGGUGAAGUUAGGAUUCUGGCUGCUCACCUAGGGAGCUGUUUCUAAUCCUUGGGUAUAGUAUUGCUACAAUUUGGAUGCCCCACACUCUGUUGAAAGCGAAGGAGAAAUAAAUCUGACUGACAUG